AUGGAAUCCGCUGAGCUAGUCGCCCGUGCCUGGGCUCCUGGAACGGAUUUCCCAGAUCCGAUCCAGGUCGAUGGGCUUUAUCACGUCGGUCUAUCGAUUAUCUGCAUUCUCUGGACUCUUGCGUUCAUCAUUGUCUCUCUCCGUAUAUGGGGGCGAUGGGGAGCAAAGCAACUAGGCGUCGAUGAUGCCCUUAUUCUGGCUGCUAUGGCGGUAAAUACCGGCUGGUUUUAUACGUUGAUUAUGUGGCAGAGGGUCGGAGGACAAAUGGGACGAGACUGCGCGCAUGGCGCCAAGCGCGUAAAGAGUGCGGCCACUGAGGCACGAGAAACUGCUACUAACAUGGGCAUCAUGGUGACAGACGUCAAGACGAAAUAUGUGGGAAUUCACUAUUGGAAUGUGCCGACCCUUACGCACGAGCAACAAGUGGCCGCCAAGCUAUACGAGUGGCUCAUUAUCCUGCUGUACCACCCCGUGUUGGGCUUCGUCAAGGCUUCGGUCUUGUGCUUCGACCAAAAGUUCACGGGUAUCAAGAAGUCGAUGCGCUACACCGUCUACGCCCUCCAGGCCGUCAAUGCCGGGUGCAUGAUUUCCAUCUUCAGCGUUACUCUCUUCCAAUGCACGCCCAUCUCGCGCAACUGGGAUCCUACGUUUAAGCGAAACUGCAUCGACAACAUAUCCUUCAAUUACGCAUACAACGCCAUCGUCAUCGUGACUGACAUUGCCAUUGCUCUGCUCAGCGUGUUCGCGCUUGGAAUUAUUGUCACCGUGAUCUCUUGCGUGCGUUUAAUUCUACUCGUCAACUGGUUCAACCAAUUCUACAAGGGCCUCGGCGGCAAGGAUCUCUACUACUCUGUGGGGUGGGCGAUCUCGCCGAUUGAAAGCAACCUUGCGAUUAUCGCCGCGUCGAUGCCCGCGCUCUGGCCGCUGUUCCGACGAUGGUUCCCCAACUUCUUCUCGGCGCUGAGCACCUCAUACCCGGCCGCCUCUCACCCCACCACCGGCAACCGCGUGACGGCUUUCCGCUCGCAGCUCAGCCGGCCCCAGGGCGCGACGCAGAUCGACGACGAUGCGAAUGACGCGUUCAUGAUGAAGUCAAUGCACACCAAGGUGCACGCGGAUGGGCGACCGACGACACCGACGGGUUCGCAGGAUGGUAUUAUGGAUUACAAAAACGGUAUUAUGCGAACGACGAAUGUGGAGGUGGAGUAUGAGACCAGCUCAAAGGGCGAGAGGGAGUAUUCGGACGAUAGAGACGAGUACGUCAGGAAGAAGGUCGUAUACGCCGUCUAA